AUGGGGGAAUUUAAAGAAAAUCUUCUGGUAUUUGGUGCAACGGGGUACAUCGGAGCCUAUAUUCUCAAGGAGAUCCUCAAAAACAAAGAUUCUUUUGGAAGGAUCGCCAUAAUCACAUCCCCGAGCACGGUGGAGAACAAGUCAGAGCAGCUUCAGAACUUGAAAUCAGAGGGAGUGGAAGUCAUUGUCGGAGAUGUGACAAACCCCGCUGAUGUGUUGAAUGCGUUCAAAGGUAUCAAUACAGUCAUUAGCACAGUUGGACGAAACGUUCUCGCAGAGCAAAUCAACUGGAUCCAACUCGCCGAAAAGGCUCCCUCAGUCAGACGCUUCUUCCCAUCUGAAUACGGAACAGACAUCGACUAUAGUCCUCAAUCUGUACACGAGAUUCCCCAUCAGCUCAAAAUCAAAGUCCGAGCUGCUCUGAAAGCGACAACCUCUCUCGAUUAUACGUAUGUGGUUACAGGCCCGUAUGCAGAUGGGCAGAUGCUGGCAUACUUGAGUCCAUUGGCAGAGAGCGCCAGGGUGAUUGGAACAUAUGAUGUCAAGGCUAAGAGUGCUACUCUAAUCGAAGACGGAAAGGGUAAAAUUAGUCUUACAACACCGAAGGAAUUAAGAGCUAACGGUUACAGUGUUGGGAAAUUAGUUGUGAAAGCCUUGCUCCAUCCGGAAGCAUCGAAGAAGCGAGCUUUGAAAGUCAAUUCGUUCACUACAACACCUGCGGAAAUCGUUGCCGAGUUUGAGAAACAGACUGGGGAAAAGUGGAAUGUGACAUAUACAAGUCUUUCCGAGCUAAAAGAAUUGGAGGCGGCUGCAUGGGAGAACAAAGUUCCCAUGGCACCUCUCUAUACACUUCGAAGGAUUUGGGCAGAAGGGGGAACGCUAUAUGCGAAGCGAGAUAAUAGCCUCCUUGAUGCAGAAGAUAACCUGGAGACAUUGGCAGACGCUGUGAGAGAUGCCAUUCUCACGCAACGCUCAGAGACACAAGCUACGGACACUCGAAGAUUAUCAUAG